AAGCCGGAGCGCAAGCUCCUCAUUUCCCAGGGAUCGUUUAUCAGGCAUCCAGUCAUAGAUUCUGACGGACGCAAAGGCGGCAGUGCUUCGCCAUGUCAUUUUUCUGGCAACUGCCAGAAAAGGAAGUGGAGGCCGACCUCCCGGAUCCCGGGGCUGAAGUUGAGGAGAAACUGAUUCAGGAAGCAGCAGCCAAGAGGCCGGGACUGCUUGCUCUGGCAGAGGACCAUGAGCCUAGCGUACAGUGGCCACCAGUGAAGCCCCUUCCGCCCGCAGAGGGCGACCGCAAGUCCGGCAGGACCCGCGGGGGUCGCGACCGCGAUCGGAGGAGGAGAGGUGGAGAGAAGGCAGAAGAGGCGAAGGAGCCCAAGGCUGAGGAUAGGCCAAAGAAGAGGGAAGAUGGGUGGUUACCCAAGGCAGAGUACGAGGCCAAGAAGCGCGAGGAGCGUGCACAGCGCCGAAAUGAGGCAGGCAAAGGAAAGGCCGGCUUCAAAGGAGAGGAGGGCAAAGGCUUCAAGGGCAAGGGCUUCAAGGGUGAUCACAGUCAGGCGGACAAGCCGACCGACCGGGGUAGCCGUGGUGGCAGAGGUGCUCGGGCUUGGGAGGAUCUGCCGCCAAGGCCGCCUCCACCGGAGGAGACCUCCGAAGCCAAGGCUCGGCGCCAGCGCGAGGACGCCGAGCUGACCACGCGCGACAAGCUCCGGAAUGCCACAACAGUGGUGGAGAUGCAAGAAGCCAUCGCCACGGCAAAGGAGCUGGGCCUGAAACUGGAAGCGAGUGUGGGCGAGCGCAAGCUUCAGCGGAUGCAGGGCGCAUGAGGUGAAGUGCUCCCAGCAUCUUUAGUACCAAAAAGUGUGG